AGGACUCGGGCUGGCGUGGAGACAGAGCUGCAGCGCUUCUUCACGGAGCGCCUGGAGCAGCUUUGAGGCAGAGCGGCGGGCGCUGCGAGAGUCCCAGCAGUUGAGGUGAGGCAGGGAGGGAGCGAAGGCGCGCAACACUGGACGAGGCUCGCGACGCCCCUAAGGAGAUGGAUCUCCUUCUUCUCGUGCUUUCGUUCCCUUUGGUGGCCGGGUUAGACUUCAGCUACCACCACACUGCGGAGCUGGAAGCUUUUCUGAGGGACGUGCGCAGGAAUCACUCUUCCAUCACUUACUUGUAUAGCAUCGGCAAGUCCGUGGAAGGUAGACACCUGUGGGUCCUUGCUCUGGGAAGGUUCCCAACCCAACAUAAGAUUGGCAUACCAGAGUUCAAGUAUGUUGCUAAUAUGCAUGGGGAUGAGGCAGUCGGGAGGGAGAUUCUGCUUCAUUUGAUAGAAUUCCUGGUGACCAGUUAUCAGCAUGACCCAGUCAUUACAAAACUGAUUGACAGCACUCGGAUACACAUCAUGCCUUCAAUGAACCCUGAUGGAUUUGAAGAGGCAAGUCCUAGCUGUUACCCCUUAAAAGGCAGGUACAAUAAGAAUGGGGCAGAUUUAAACAGGAAUUUUCCUGAUGGCUUCGUCAGUAAUCAUCGCAUGAUCCAACCAGAGACUCAAGCAGUGAUGGACUGGAUAAAAACUGAGACAUUUGUCCUCUCUGCCAAUCUACACGGUGGAUCAUUAGUUGCUAGUUAUCCUUUUGAUAAUGGCAAUUCUGUUACUAUUACUUCAGAUGACAUUAGCAAAACACUGGAUAAUGAUGUUUUUGUCCACCUUGCAAAAACAUACUCUAACAGCCAUGCUACAAUGCAUAAUGGGAAAGUAUGUGGUACUGCAGAUACUGUAGAUUACUUUCCAGGUGGCAUUACAAAUGGCUAUGCAUGGUACCAGCUGGAAGGUGGAAUGCAAGAUUACAAUUACAUUUGGAGUCAAUGUUUUGAAAUUACAUUGGAACUAUCAUGUUGUAAAUAUCCACCAAAAGAAGAACUUCCAUCAUUUUGGAAUGACAACAAAAUGGCUUUGAUUGAAUACAUUAAACAAGUUCAUCUGGGUAUAAAAGGGCGUGUUUUGGAUAAGGAUGGAGAACCUAUUGCAGAUGUAAUAGUAGAGGCUAGAGGAAGAAGGCAUGUAUGCCCUUACAAGACUACAAAAGAUGGAGAAUACUAUCUUCUGCUCCUGCCUGGGGUCUAUGAACUUAAUGCAACAGCACCUGGAUACAAUUCAGUGCUUCAAAGAAUGAAUGUCCCAGAUGGUACAGAAGAUUUUGCUGCCCUGGUUUAUGAUUUCGUUUUGUCUGAUGUAUCUGCUGCACCAAAGAUUGCAUCAUGCCCAACAACACCUCGUUACAUUGAAAAUACAUCAACAGCACUAAAGUCCACUAUUAACGUAUUGCUUUUAAUUAAUACUUUGUAUGAAUUUUUUUUUUUUUUUUUUUUAAAGUACUGGGAAAAUUCGUUCCUUUUCCAGUGUAUAUAAAGAAACUUAAAAUGAGCAAUAUUGCUUAAACAAUCAAUAAAAUUCAACUGUUUCAAUGUA